GUUUUCCUUGAUGUGGAUAAAGCCUUUGACGCCUUUGACAAUGCACCAAGAGAGGGUCUUGUUCAUGGUCUUGUUGAGUGUGGUGUUGAUGAGGGGCUUGCCACCUUAAUUGGUGAGUGGCACUCGGGCACGCGCUACCAUUACACCCACCUGGGCACGUCCAUUUGUGAACAAAGUGGUAAGGGUGUUCGACAAGGUUGCACGGGGGCUCCCAUUCUCUGGGCUGUCCUCAUGACACGGUUUUUGCGACGCCUCUCCCAAAGUGUUCCCAUUGCCUGGAUCAAACGCUGUCUCAACAUUUUUGCUGACGACCUUCAAGGGGGGAGCACGUUUCGCAGUGACCAUGAACUUCGUGACUGCUUGCGGUACUUGGGCACGGUCAUUGACUGCCUUGAAGAGCUUGGCUUGAGUGUCAAUCCUGUGAAAACGGUUGCACUGUUGCAGCUUGGUGGUGUCCAACACCGGAAGUGGCAAGCUUUGAUCACCCAACGUGGGGCCAAUGGAGCCUACCUGCUUUUGCCUCGGAAAAAUGGCAGCAUGCGGUUGAAGCUUGUUUCCUCAGUUGUUUACCUUGGAGUUCGUGUUUCUUACGCGGACUUUGAACAGUCCACGCAAUCCAUGCGCACCAGUGCUGCACACUCCUCGGCAAUGUCUCUUAGUCGUUGGCUCUACAGCAAACGCCGUCUGCCUUUCCGAACUCGGCUUGGCUUGUGGCAAACAUGCAUCAUUCCAUGUGCUGAGUAUGGGUUGUUGGCGGUUGGCCUCACCACAAAGGUCAUUGCACGGCAUGCUAUGAAUCUUUCUGCACUCCGGGCACGAGUUGCCCACGUUGUCCGUGGUGAGAACUGGCAAGACCUGCAACAGAAUCGUGAGGCUUGUGACUUCCUGACCCACCAUUGCCUACGGUGUGGACGCUGGUGCACUCAUUUGCGGGAGGCUCAUCCUCAAAUAUUGAUCCCUGGCAUUGAUCAGAUGAUCGCACUUCAGAAGAACCAUGUACGGAGCUCACCGUGCCCUUUUUGCUCACUUUCGUGGAAGCAACAGCAUGGCUGCCCCAUUUUGCUUCAGACAGCUAUCCUGCAGGCUGAGUUGACAACCAGUUCCCAGGCUGACACGGACCAGGGUACCUCUGCCCAUGCCUCAGCCGUGACUGGACCUGAACGACCUUCAUCCUUCUCAUGGAAUUGUCAUCUUUGCUCUCAGAGUUUUGGAGCACGGGUUCAACUGACUGCACACCUGCAAGAACAUCAACAGCAGCUUCAUCGAUAUGAUCCCAAACGGGACUCGGUUGAAGGUGAACCAGCUUGUUCCCACUGUGGACUUCUAGUGACCUCCAUGGAUGCCUUACGGAAUCACAUCACGAAGGGGCAUUGCAAGCACUUUGAUCCACGCAAGCACGUUCCAGACCAUGCCAUCAGCCCGGACCUCAAGGCUGCCUUGCUGGGCGGUCGCCUGGGACCAUAUCUUCGAAAAGCAGGUGCCCGGACUUUCUUGACAGUACAGUGCUUGUGCUGUGGCCGUGCCUUUCCUGGACUUCGUGAGCUCUCCAGGCACUUGCAAGACAAGCACUCCAUCCUUUGGAAUGAAGCUCUUCAUCUUGGCCUCAGCCUCAAGCAGGUCAUUAGCCCGGCAUGA